AUGAAGGAGUCCGUGUCGCACAAGGCGCCCAAAGUCAUAAAAAAGCUUCAGUUCAGUCUACUGGAUAACCAGGACGCUGUGAAGAUAUCUGAGUUUGAGGUUACGCAUCGUGACCUCUACACUGCAGUAGAUCGCCUUCCGGUGAAGAACGGUGUUCUGGAUCGUCGUCUCGGAACCACGGAGAAAAGUGCAUUCUGCGAGACAUGCGGCCUGUCGUCUGUGGAUUGUGUCGGACAUUACGCGUACAUCAAACUCGUAGUCCCAGUCUUUCACAUAGGCUAUUUCAAGCACACCAUUGGGAUCUUGCAGUGCAUAUGCAAGACCUGUGCCAGGGUGCUUCUCGAGGAGUCGGAUCGUCGAACAUUUCUCAAGCGUUUUCGAAGGUCGAACCUAGAAAAUUUGCAGAGGCAAACCUUCAUCAAGGCUGUUCUUACGCUGGCCAAAAAAACAGUCUACUGUCCCUACUGUUCAGCCACCAACGGGACAGUGAAGAAGGCAGGGGCUCUCAAGAUCAUCCAUGACCGUUUCCGCGCGAAGAAAACCGCAGAAGAGAUGGAAAAGUGGAAACAGACUUUCGGCCCAGCUGUCGAGGCGCAGAAGGAGCUUGCCGCGUAUGUCAGCAAGGCCAUCUAUGAGGAUUUGAACCCUCUGAAGGUUCUCGACCUGUUCAAACGGAUCUCCAACGAGGACUGUGAACUGCUGGGACUGCGGCCAGAGUUUGGGCGACCUGAACAGUUCAUCUGGCAGUAUAUUUCUGUCCCUCCAGUUGCAAUCCGUCCAUCAGUCGCGCAGGACGGCGCUUCAAAUGAGGAUGAUCUCACUGUUAAGCUAACCGAGAUUGUGCUGAGCAACGCACUUAUCAAACGCGAUCUGCUCAAGGGUGCUCCUACCCCGCGAUUCAUGGAAGAGUGGGAGUUCCUGCAGCUUUCGGUAGCGAUGUAUAUCAACUCUGAGCUCCCAGGAGUCCCUUCGCAAAUGGGCCAAAAGCCUAUACGUGGGUUCUGCCAGCGACUCAAGGGAAAGCAGGGUCGCUUCCGAGGCAAUCUCUCAGGCAAGCGGGUCGACUUUUCGGGUCGCACGGUCAUUUCACCGGACCCCAAUCUACGCAUCGAUGAAGUUGCCGUUCCGGAGCGCGUCGCGAAGAUCCUCACAUACCCCGAGCGAGUCACCUCUCACAAUAUUGACAAGCUGAAGAAGGCUGUGCGGAAUGGAUGCGACGUCCAUCCUGGAGCCAACUACGUGACCGCCGGCAGCAAUGGGUUCAAGAAGUACCUCAAGUUUGGGAAUAAGGCUGCCAUUGCGGAUGGCUUGCGCCUAGGUGACACUGUCGAGCGCCAUGUUGUUGAUGGUGAUAUCGCCCUGUUCAACCGGCAACCAAGCCUACACAAGAUAAAAGUACGCCCGUGGCGAUCUUUUCGACUGAACGAAUGUGUUUGUGGACCGUACAACGCCGACUUUGAUGGAGACGAGAUGAACCUUCACGUCCCUCAGACAGAGGAAGCACGAACAGAGGCCCUGGAGCUCAUGAACGUGAAACACAACCUCGUGACGCCUCGCAAUGGCGAACCAGUCAUUGCUGCCAUCCAGGACUUCAUCACGGCCUCCUUCCUGCUCUCACGACGAGACACAUUCUUCGAUCGCCGUCAAUUUACUCAGAUCUGCUCCUACUUCUGUGACGCCCAUUUGCAGAUCGACAUCCCACCUCCCACAGUCUGGAAACCGGUCAGGUUAUGGACAGGCAAACAGGUUUUCAAUGUCCUGAUGCGACCCAACAAGCAGUCCAAGAUCUUCGUCAACGUAGAGGCGAAGUGCCAAACACGCGAUAUUCCCGAGCGCCAGUGCUAUCCUCGCAUCAGUGAACCCAUCCCUUCCGAUCUUUCCCCCAACGAUGGGUGGCUCGUCAUUGUGAACAGCGAGAUCAUGUGCGGUGUGAUGGACAAGGCCACCGUUGGAAGCGGAAAGAAGAAGUCUGUUUUUGGAGUCAUCAUGCGGGAUUACGGACCGCACGAAGCCGCCGCUGCUAUGAACAGGGUAGCGAAACUCUGUGCACGGUACCUUGCCAACUGCGGGUUUUCGCUUGGUAUCAACGACGUAAUACCAGGGCCCAUCUUGUCAACAAAGAAGGAUUCCAUGGUCGAGGCUGCCUACGCCGCGUGUGAACAGUUGAUCAUCAAGGCGAAGAAGGGACUUCUCGAAAACAGGCCGGGUUGCGACCAGGAGCAGACAUUAGAGGCCGAGAUCGUGGGCGUACUGUCCAGGGUUCGAGAUGAUGUUGGAACGAUAUGCAUGCAGGAGCUCAGUCGGCACAACGCUCCGUUAAUCAUGGCAACCUGCGGAUCAAAAGGUUCGGUCAUCAAUGUAUCCCAAAUGGUGGCUUGUGUAGGGCAACAAGUCAUUUCAGGCCAACGCGUACCGGACGGGUUUCAAGACCGAUCUCUUCCUCACUUCCCGAAGAAGUCCAGGGAGCCUCCCGCCAAGGGUUUCGUCCGCAACAGUUUCUACUCCGGUCUAACUCCGACAGAAUUCCUCUUCCAUGCCAUAUCUGGUCGUGUGGGCUUGGUAGAUACUGCCGUGAAGACAGCAGAAACUGGCUACAUGCAACGUCGGCUCAUGAAGGCUUUGGAGGAUCUCGUCACGCACUACGACUCGUCGGUCCGCAACGCCGCCGGAGGCGUCGUCCAAUUUCGUUAUGGGGACGACGGUUUGGACCCAGCAUGCCUUGAAGGUGACGCGCAGCCUGUCGAUUAUGACCGGGCAUGGCGGCACGCUUGCUCAGCUGGCGCUAGAUCCGCGCGCGGGCUUUUGCCCUUCGAAAUCAUCGAGUUCGUUGACCGCGCAUUGGCGACACCCAAGUUCACCUCAGAAUGCACGGCGGCAUAUCUAGCUACGAUCCGCAAGUUCCUUUCCGAGAACAUCGCUCAAAAGCUCGCGGACAUACGCAAGCGACGCGGCAUGUUCGAUGCCUUGGAGCGUGAUGAUGAGUGGGAUGCGGAUACCGACCUUUCCAUGGGAGCUUCGAGGGCGAACGUGGUCGCUGUGGACAAUAUCAUCAAGGUCACUGAAGAUCAGCUCAAAAUGUUCUUGGAUAUCUGUUGGACCAAGUAUGUCAAGGCGAAGAUCGAGCCCGGCUCCACUGUUGGUGCCGUCGGCGCACAAUCGAUUGGCGAACCCGGUACGCAGAUGACGUUGAAGACUUUCCAUUUUGCCGGUGUGGCCUCCAUGAACGUUACACUCGGAGUGCCUCGCAUCAAGGAGAUCAUCAACGCAGCCAAAUCGAUUAGUACACCUAUCAUCAGUUGCAAACUUGUCAACGUGAACAGCGAAGCGUCCGCUCGUAUCGUCAAGGGUCGAUUAGAGCGCACAUGUAUCGGCGAUAUCGCGUCGAUCCUCGAGGAGGCGUGGGCUCCGGAGUACACUUACAUCGGAAUCAUUGUCGACAUGAAGACUAUCCAGGAUCUCCAGCUUGAACUCACUCUUGAUGACAUCAAGUGGGGUAUUGUAGCAGCGAAAAAGUUGAAGAUCAAGCAAGAGGCUAUCACCGUCAUGCCUCGCAAGAACAGGCUCCGUGUUUACGUCGAAGGCGCAGACAAGUACUACCGGCUUCGGGAGCUCAAGCGAGCGCUUCCAGGUGUAGUGGUGAAGGGUGUUCCAACAAUCCGUCGUGCUAUCAUCAACAUCAUAGACAAGGACAACACUAGGGGAAAGAAAGGCGAGAAUGAGUUGCUUGUCGAAGGUUAUGGUCUACAGAAGGUCAUGACGGCCCAAGGUAUCAUUGGGGAAGAAACAGUCUCGAAUCAUGUCCUUGAGGUAGCGCAAGUGCUUGGCAUCGAAGCCGCGAGGAAAACCAUUCUCAACGAGAUCCACCUGAUCAUGGAGAAACACAGUAUGAGCAUCGAUCCGCGACAUGUAAUGCUGCUCGGGGAUGUGAUGUCGUACAAGGGCGAGAUUCUAGGCAUCACUCGCUUUGGCGUGGCCAAGAUGAAGGACAGCGUGCUCAUGCUGGCCUCGUUCGAAAAGACGACGGACCACCUGUUCGACGCGUCUGCAUAUGGCAAGACUGACGCUAUCGCUGGUGUGUCCGAGAGCAUCAUCAUGGGCAAUCCCGCUGCAAUGACUGGUACCUCCAUGCCUGCCCUUGUGUCUCCCGCGCCUUCCAUCGGCAAGCCAAGAAAACUGCUUUUCGAAGGAGCUUUGUGA